GGGGAGAAGAAUGCCGGUUUUGACGUGCUUUACCACAACAUGAAGCAUGGCCAGCUGGCAACCAAGGAGCUUGCUGAGUUUGUCCGUGAGAGUGCUGCUAUCGAGGAGACGUACUCCAAAUCAAUGAGCAAACUGGCAAAGAUGGCAAGCAAUGGAAGUCCACAGGGGACUUUUGCUCCCAUGUGGGACGUGUUCCGGGUUUCUUCAGACAAACUGGCCCUCUGUCACCUCGAGCUGAUGAGAAAGAUGAACGAUCUAAUCCGGGACAUCAACAAGUAUGGAGACGAGCAGGUCAAAAUUCAUCGCAAGACAAAGGAGGAGAUGGUGGGGACAGUGGAGCGGUGCAGCGGUGCAGGUUCAGAGCGGUCACCUUCAGAAGUCAAAGGAGGGAUACCAUGGCAAGUGUUGGAGCUGGACCGCUGA